AAGACACCUACAACAUACAAUUUCUCUCUCCAAAAGUCAGGAAAUAAAAAAAAAAAAUUGAUUAAAAUAUGAAUUUGCCUCCAAGAUUCCAACUCAUUCGAGCAAAACGAUGGCGUCUAUUGCACUCCAUUCCCUAGAAAGCCUAAAGCAAACCCAGAACAUUAGUUUACUAGUCGGAAAAAAACAAAGAAAAGAAUACCAUCAUAGAUAAGACAGCCUUGCUAGCUUGCAUAGGUUAGAUAUAAAUACACGCAUAUAUGCCAGUUCAUAUCCUCUUUCGUUCUCGUGCCCCCCGCUCACUCUUUCUUUCUGUCAUUUCCGCAAACAGUUUGCGACCCUGGAGGCUGGAUCUCUCCUCGAAAGUGGAAACUGUGAAUUAGAAGCUUCUGAAAUUCCAUUUGUAAAGAAAGCUGGUGGAUCUUUAAGGAAAUGCUCCAGUGAUUGAAUAUUUCUCGGUGGUUUAUAGGCCAAGAGGUUGAUCUGAUAGGGAGGCUUGACGAUGGAAGGUAGAGAUGGAACGGUGAGGCUUGGAGCUCUGAACAUGAAGCCGGAUCGGGUAGCCAUAGAUUCGGGUCCAGAUGUAUCGGUUUCGUCACCGGUAACAAGACAGAAAGCUGCUGCUGCGAAGCAGUUCAUAGAGAAUCACUACAAGAAUUAUCUACAGGGGUUGCAGGACCGCAAAGAGAGACGUCGAGCACUUCAGAGAAAAGCAGAAGAAGCUCAGGUAUCGAAUGAGGAACAAGAGGAGAUGAUGAGGAAUUUGGAACGCAGAGAAACUGAAUACAUGAGGCUGCAAAGACGUAAAAUUGGGAUCGACGACUUCGAGCAAUUAACUGUAAUUGGUAAAGGUGCAUUUGGUGAGGUGCGACUAUGUCGUGCUAAAGGUACAGGAGAGAUCUAUGCCAUGAAGAAAUUGAAGAAAUCAGAGAUGCUUAGCCGUGGACAGGUUGAGCAUGUUCGGUCUGAGAGGAAUUUGCUUGCUGAGGUUGAUAGCCGUUGCAUCGUGAAACUUUUCUAUUCAUUUCAAGAUUCUGAUUUUUUAUACCUUAUCAUGGAGUACUUACCUGGUGGUGACAUUAUGACAUUACUGAUGAGAGAAGAUAUUCUUUCUGAAGAUGUUGCACGCUUUUAUAUUGCAGAGAGUAUUCUAGCCAUUCAGUCAAUUCAUCAACACAAUUAUGUUCAUAGGGACAUAAAACCAGAUAACCUGAUACUGGACAGAAAUGGUCAUUUGAAGCUUUCGGAUUUUGGCUUGUGUAAGCCUCUGGAUGAUAAGUAUUCAACAAUGCUAUUAGAAAAUGAGGAGUUGGGAAGUCAGGAAUCCAUAUGUGAAAAUGAAGGACAAUCUGGAUGUGAUAAAGUCCCUUGGUUGAUGCCAAAAGAACAAUUGCUACAAUGGAAACGCAAUCGCCGUGCAUUGGCUUAUUCAACUGUUGGUACUCUUGACUAUAUGGCUCCUGAGGUGUUGCUCAAGAAAGGGUAUGGAAUUGAGUGUGAUUGGUGGUCACUAGGGGCAAUAAUGUAUGAGAUGCUUGUAGGAUAUCCACCUUUCUGCUCUGAAGAUCCAAGAAUGACAUGCCGCAAGAUAAUCAAUUGGAGAACAUGUCUGAAAUUCCCUGAGGAACCGAAAAUAUCGGAUGAGGCAAAGGAUUUGAUUCGUCGCUUAUUAUGUGAUGUUGAAACAAGGCUGGGAACUCGAGGAGUGGAAGAAAUAAAGGCCCAUCCAUGGUUCAAAGGCAUUCAGUGGGACAGGCUGUAUGAAACAGAAGCUUCAUAUAAGCCUAUUGUGACUGGAGAAUUGGACACUCAAAAUUUUGAGAAGUUUCCUGAAGUAGAGGGAACACCAUCUGAAAUACCAUCAGUGGGACCUUGGAGGAAGAUGUUGACAUCUAAAGAUACAAAUUUUAUUGGAUAUACUUUUAAGAAAUCAGAUGUCCUUAAAUCACUUGAAAAUUCAGGUACAGACAUGAGAUCAAAUGGAUCUGUGAAGGCCCCUUCGCUGAUUUCAUUGUUAGGUCGAAUUGACUUGCAAGAAUCUGUGAUAUCGGAAGGUGAGCAGAAGCAGGAAAAUUGAAUUUUUGCAUUUGUUUUCGGCACAAACUUUCUCUGUAUAUCCCAACGAUAACUUAGGAUCAACUUAUGCAGUUUUGUAAGUUAGAUGUAUGUUUUCAUAACAUACAGGACUGGCCCAACUUUAUACGUGGCCUUAGCGAGAGCCUUUUAAUUGAUUAUCUAGUAUUUUUAUAUAAAUAAUAUUACUCAAUUUAUGUUGAUAAUAUUCUUUUUUUUC